UCCAAAAGACAGCUCUCGGUCCUCUCUCUUUCUUCCCAAGAAAAACUAGCAGAUUUUCUCCUCAUCUCCCUCAAUCUUCUCUCGGCUCCCUCUCUGGCUCUCUCAAUCACACAUGCACUAGACACAAGCAUUAAAACUCCAACUCUCUCUGUCUUGGCUCUUUCUCCCUCUCGCUCUCUCAAUUUCUAAAUUCCCAUAACACAUCCACACACAAAUCAAUCACCAAAGGGAGCCAGGAAGAUACGCUCAAGGUUUGGAAAUUGUAUCAAACAUCUUGGUCAAGGGACUACUACCUACAUUGAGAUGCCCAGACUCUGAGUUUGAAGCUCAAUAAGGUAUGAUGAUUCAGAGCCUUCAUGUGAAUGCGAGCUCGGCUAAUCUUGGGUCACUGUGUAAAUGGGGUUUCAGUUCCUCAAUAUGUGUUCCUCACACGAUAUACAAAUUUCUAAGAGCAGCUCCUUUGCUUUACUACGGACCUCAAAGGCUAUCUGUCCAAUGUGGAGUUAGGUUUCGCCCUUGCAUUGACAUACACAAGGGAAAAGUGAAGCAAAUCGUAGGAUCUACUCUUCAAGAUUCUAGGGAAGAAAGUUCAAGUCUCGUAACAAACUUUGAAUCUGAUAAACCAGCAGCAGAUUAUGCAAAGCUUUACAAAGAUGAUGGACUUACGGGAGGUCAUGUGAUCAUGCUUGGCGCAGAACCUUUGAGUAAAUCAGCUGCUAUUGAAGCAUUACAUGCCUAUCCUGGUGGUUUGCAAGUUGGAGGUGGUAUCAAUUCCAGCAAUGCUUUUAGUUACUUGGAGGAAGGAGCCAGCCAUGUCAUUGUCACAUCUUAUGUUUUCAGCAAUGGACUAAUGGAUCUUGACAGGCUUAAAGAGCUUGCUAAUGCUGUUGGGAAAGAGAGACUUAUAUUGGAUCUCAGUUGCCGAAAGAAGGAGGGCAAAUAUUUUGUCGUCACAGAUAGGUGGCAGAAAUUUAGUGAUGUAUGUCUUGAUGAGAAAGUGUUGGAUUUUCUGGCUCGUUAUGCUGACGAGUUUCUUGUCCAUGGAGUUGAUGUUGAGGGAAAAAAGCUUGGAAUUGACGACGAGCUUGUGGCAUUGCUUGGAAACCAUUCCCCGAUUCCAGUGACUUAUGCUGGUGGCGUGAGCACAAUGACUGAUUUGGAGACAAUUAAAAGUGCAGGAAUGGGUCGUGUAGAUGUCACCGUAGGCAGUGCCUUGGAUAUAUUUGGCGGAAGCUUGCCAUACAAAGAUGUUGUGGCUUGGCACGUCCAACAGGAUGCCUCAGCGGUUUGACGGACUCUGGUCCUCCUUUUCUGCCAGCAGUGUAAUCCAGAUAUAUGAUGGUCAUGUUUCUCCUGGAUAUGUGCUUGAGGAAUGACAGGGAAGUUUUAAUGACUUCAAUUUUUGCACCUCUGACGGUGUGAAGUGCUUGCUGAAAAUGACGGAUGGAGCAUCAACUAGAGUAGAGUAGUGAUUGACAAGCAAAAUAAAUUGUUUUCCAGGCCUUGUAUGCCGUCAAGAUGUUUUUGUUUCUGAUAUACACAUUCCUAAUGUUAAUGCUGGUUUUUUUGUUGCGUAAGAUAACGCGUACUGAUUUUAUUAUUAGACCCAUUAGAUGUUCAAGUUACAUUUUGAUCCUAUGAUUCAUCUGCAAGUUAAA